UUAGGGCAAGGUAUUUACCACUAUGGAAUGAAAAAGCCACGCUGACUGUCGUUGCCAUUCAAUGCCUUAGCACUGUCCCCAUCUUCAACCCGUUGUUUAAAAAAUGUAUUACAGCACACAAGAAGGUUGGUAGGCAACGUCUUGUUACCACCACCGUCUUCAAGCUAGAUUCUUCAUUCUCGUUAUACAAAAGAUAAGAAACUGUCCGGGAACAACUUGAAUGCUUGGCAAGAAGUACUUGUCGCCAUCUUUAUUAGGGUCAUGAUUACUUCCGGCCGGGGCGGGGCCGGACCAGUUGGAGGGGCUGAAUUGAUGAUCCCGCUUCUCGCCCUUUGGCGGCUCCAAACAGCAGGCCACUUUGCCUACCCGCAUGCUCCCAGAUCCACACCGAGAGUCUCCAGGGGCGUGACUUUCCGGGUGCGGGCUUCGAGAUGGGGGAUGACGGGCCAGGAAGCACGGUGCAUCUGCUGUGCCUCGCAGCCUCUAGCGGGGUUCCCCUGUUCUGUCGGAGCAGCAGCGGAGGCGCCCCCUCCCGUCAACAGCUCCCUUUUUCUGUCAUCGGGUCCCUCAAUGGAGUCCACAUGUUCGGCCAGAAUCUGGAUGUGCAACUGAACUCCGCAAGAACAGAAGACACCACCGUAGUGUGGAAGAACUUCCAUGACAGCAUCACCCUCAUUGCUCUGUCAUCUGAGGAGGGCACCUCUGAGCUGAAGCUGGAAAGAAUGCUCCACAUGGUGUUUGGGGCCAUGGUUCUCAUUGUGGGACUUGAGGAGCUGACCAAUAUCCGGAAUGUAGAGAGACUGAAGAAAGAGCUGAGGGCCAGCUACUGUCUCAUUGACAGCUUCCUGGGGAAUUCAGAGCUCAUCGGGGACCUGACCCAGUGUGUGGACUGUGUCAUUCCUCCAGAGGGGUCUGUCAUGCAGGAAACCCUCUCAGGGUUCGCAGAGGCCACUGGCACAGCCUUUGUCAGCCUGCUGGUAUCAGGCCGGGUGGUGGCAGCGACCGAUGGCUGGUGGCGCCUAGGCAUGCCUGAAGCCGUGCUACUCCCUUGGCUGGUGGGGUCCUUGCCACCGCAAGCUGCUCGUGACUACCCAGUGUACCUGCCCCACGGGAGCCCCACGGUCCCCCAUCGGUUGUUGACCUUGACUCUGCUGCGGGGCCUGGAGCUGUGUCUGCUCUGCGGGCCGCGCCCGCCCCUCGGUGAGCUGGACCCACAGUUGCUGGAACGCUGGUGGCAGCCUCUGCUGGAGCCCCUCCGGGCUUGCCUGCCACUGGGCCCUAGGGCGCUCCCUGACGGGUUCCCGCUACACAGCGAUAUUCUUGGCCUGUUGUUACUCCACUUGGAACUGAGACGCUGCCUCUUUACCGUGGAGCCCUCAAAGGAUAAAGAACCGGGGCCAGCAGAGAAACAAGAAGAUACAGUCCACCCAGCCCAGACACCCAGGGCCUGCUAUCUUGUGCUAGGGCCAGGCAUGGGGUGGCAGCUGGUGGCUGUGCAGCUAGGGCUACGGCUGCUGCUGUUGAUGCUGUCCCCGCAGACUCCCACCCAUGGGCUGAGAAGCCUGGCCACCCACACUCUACAAGCCCUCACCCCGCUCCUUUGAUCACUUAGGGUGGGCAGUCAAUAGAUGGGGGUAAUAUUAGCGUCUCUCUGUUUAUUCGCUCACAAUAAUACACGGCCCCUGGACGGGGAGAGGGAGGGAGGGAGGAGGGUGAAAAGGAGGGAGGGGGAGGGGAGGAGGUACCUACUUCCCCGGCCCCCCUCCCCUCUGUGCUUCGGGGGACAAGGAAGGGAGGGUGCUUCCCUUGACCCCCCAGAAUGUAAACAGCAGCAGAUGAACAAAAAUAAAAUACAAAGGCCAGAGGACGCGCCAGGCAUGCCCCCAUCCCUGGGGUCUUUGCUGUCACCACUGGAGGUCCCCUCGCUGUCCCCCUCCACCACAGCUGCCUCCAUCUCAGGGCUGCCUGGCACCGGCCAUAUCCCAGGGCAAGUCCAGGGCUCAGAACUGCUGGGCCAGCAGCUCACAUAAGUGACGGGACACAGGCUCUUUGCUGGUGCGCAGGGUUAGGCGGUACAUCUGUGUGGAAGGAGAGAGCCCACCGAGGGGUACAAAGUCAGAGGGGUAAGGCAGGUAAAGGAAGACAGGUGAGAAGAUAAUGAGGAACAGGAAGGAGGGCAGGGCGUAGGGAAUGGGGUCACAGGGAGGUCCACUGCCCUCAGCACUCACUUGGGCCUGGGCAUUGGGCUCCAGUCGAAGCAGACACCCCACCUGCAGGGCUUUCGUCUGGAUGAUUCCAGCACCCACAAAGUUCUCAGGGUUGGGAUCCACAUUGUCCAGAAGAGCAGAGCCAAACCCCAGAAGCUAGAACAGCAUGGGUAUUAGAGAAGCUGAGAAGCCUCCAGCAUACUGCAGGCUAAACCCUCGCGUGUGAGAACUGGUCCAUCCAGCGGCCAGUACCCUGUAAAUGCCCAGUCUUUCUCACCUUGGCCUUUGUGACUUCAGCAUCCAUGGGGUGGUUGGCUUUGAAGAUUUUCUGUGCCUCCUGCAGGGGGCUGGGAGAUUGAAAGCACUGUCAGUCAUCUGAGGCCCUGCCCCUCAGCCCCGCCCUGUCCCGCAGCCCCGCCCCACCUCCCAGCCCUGCCCCUCACAGGCUCAGCUGCUUCCAGCGCUGGAAAAAGUCCUGGGCGGCCAUCUCUGUGGGCUGGAAGAAUUUGUUGAUGGUCACUGGGAGCUUCAGAGUGAGGGACUGGGCGGUGCCACCGUACCUGAGCAGAUGAGGAGCAGCUCAGCCAGGCCCCAUGCCUGAAGACCCUGCCUCAUCGCCCCACACCCCACACGGCAUUGCUCCUACCGGAAGCGCACCGACAGCAGUGGUGGCGUCAAGAAGUCUCGCAGACACUCAAUGUUGAGUACUUGCUGCACCUGUGCGCCACCGUCCACUUGUGCAGCUACACGCUUGGUCUGCACCGCCAGCUGUGGCCCCAUAGUCAAGGAAGCUAGAGACCGCGGUGGCACAGCUGAGACAUCGUGAGGCAGCACAAGCCCAGGUCAGCUAGAGGCUCUGGGCCAACAGCAGACUCACCUACACCUAACUCUUCCUCCUUCCUGUGAGAUCUGGGACACCUAGGAAUAUCCUUCUCCAGCCUCCACUCGUGCCUCCACUGAGUGAUGAUCCACAUGGAUCCUGAUGGGCAAGCUGGUAUUUUCUUAGCCUCCAAUGCAAACUAGGUACAUGAAAAUGUCCUGAGGGGUAGAUGAGAUCAUCUAGCACCGGAACAUGGCUGUGUUAGCGGUGGUCAUGCACCCAGAGGGAAGCAUUUACUGUCACCAUCUGUACUUCACAGUAUGGUGGGUCUGUACACUCAGCUACUUCAGACACAGCUAACUGUCUACCCUGGGCUCUGGAAAGGUUGGGGAACGAAGCAGAGGGCGAAGGGCUAGUUGUUGUGGUGUCACCCAUUCUGACUGAGGCCCAUAUAAGGGACAGCGGCCUGGCUCUCUCUGACAUACACCAUACUCUCCAGGACAUCCCAACUGCUCUUUCAAAGGCUGAAGCCAGAGUCACUGGUGCCUGCCUAGACUCAGAGCAGACAGAAGACUCACCUUGAUUCAAAGCCAGCCUCGUCUGUAGAGUGAGUGGAGGUCAGCCUAGGCUCUAUUAAACAGUUUCAAACACAACAAAAGAUCCUCAUGAGCAGAGAGAGGGAGAAUCUAGGAGGCAAGUCACUCAGUGAUGUUACUGCAGGGCAACACUGGGCAACCCUGAGUGCAACCUGAGUGCAAGAGCCCCCAACAGAACCACACUGGCAAAGGUAAGGUACCUGGCAGGGUACUGGUGUCUGGAAGUCACCAUCCUGUAUAUUGGGUUACUGUCACCUGUGCCACAGUAAAGAGGCCUACCUACUAUGCAUACAGUUUUAGAAGUGACAUGCCUAAUUCAGAAUGAGGAGCUGAACAGGUAUGGACCUGGGUGAGUCUGUUUCCCAGGUGGUUUGGACACAAGAGCACAGGAUAUGAGUCUGGAGGUCCCCAGGGUGGACCACGGUGGGCAAGAAGCUCUGGAACUGCACAGAAGUCUUGUUGCCAUAGAAGAGAUACAUGCGGCCUGCAGCGGGUGGGUAAGGGCUCCAUCCAAGCUCCUCUGAUCCCAUACCCUGCCACCAGCCCAGCCAGGGGAUGCUGCCAACAACCCCUCCCCUCCAGCACCCCUUUCCACCUCUGGGCUACCGGGACACACCCAGGUUCUGCCGGAACUCAGACUUGACUCCGAUCUGCAGCAGCUGGUUCUCAAACAAGACCCCACUAUUCUUACACACGAACCUAGGCAGGGUGGUGGGAGUCAGAAUGGGAGGUGCUCCUGACCACCCAGCCUGUCCCCUACCUGUCCCCACUCCCCUGCCCACUUCUCACAGAACUCACUUAUUCAGCAGUUCAUCUGCUUCUGGAAUGGGAGGACCUAUGUCCUCAGGACCUGGGCUGGGGGAGAGGGAGAAGUGAGAUGCGUAGGGGACUGGGGGCUGGAGGAAGAGGCAACACUCUUGGAAGGCAGAUCCCCAGAACCUACAGGCCAAGCUUCCCCAGACAUCCACAGUUAUGGGAGAGGGACCCUUACAGAGGGAUCUCCCAAGAGCCCCAACUUUCACUGUUUUCUAACCCUUACAUUUGCCAAUCAUUGGGAACCCCUGGAGCCCACCCUGGGGACAUCCAUCAACCCAAAGCCAGAGACCACCCCUUACUCAGCAGCUGGAGCUGGGUCAGCCAACAAAGUCAUGGGGCUCUCAGGGGCAGGGGGCUCCAGCUCGCUGGGCCAUCCAAUCCCAGAGCAGACAGAGAAGACAGGUGUGGCAGGCAGCCAAUCCCAGAGAGGCAGCAAGAGGGCCAGGGAAAGAGAGGCAAGAGGAAGGAGAGAAGGAAGAGUGGACUGAGACACAGCGUUGGGAAAGGACAGCAAAGGGUAGCUGGAACAGCAGAAUCCAGACGGAAGGGGGUGGGUCUGAGUAGGACAAGGACAGGAGAUACCUGAGGAAGGCCUCCUCAGGGGUGGGACCCAGGCUGGGCUGUGCAGUGGGGCCGUCAGAGAAAACAUCCACCAGGAGGUUCCCGCCUACAGGAGCUGGGGGUGCAGCAGGGGGAGGGGCUGCCCGCAGCCCCAAGAGGUCCGCGGAGGGUGAGGGGGUUGACUGCAAUCAAGGUAAGACAGAGUAAAGGUGAGACAGGGCAAGGCACAGUGGACCCAGCCUGGGCACACGGUCCAUAAUUGGACUCACCACAUUGCUGGGGGUGGGCUCCACACCCCCAUUGAUGUCAUUGCUGCUGGUGUCCCUGCGGCUGUCAUCCAGGGCACUGGCUGCCCCAGGGCCCUUCUUACGCUUCAGCUUAGCCAAAAUGGAUGACUCCCGCUCAGGAAAUGGGGGCAUUUCUUCUAGCACAGUAGCC